AUGGGCGAUAUAAAGGACGAGGGAUACGUCACGAAGAUGUCGCCCCCGCUGAAUUUCGCUCUUUACAGUAGCCUUCUUCUUAAUAUUGUCAGCAGCGUUGGGGUGAUCAUCAUUAAUAAGCGUCUGGUGUUCAUAGAAGCCAACUUCCGAUUCGGUACUCUUCUCACAGUCAUUCACUUCGUUGUAUCGUUUCUCGGAUGUCUUCUUUUCGCGAGACUGGGCUGUUUCAGCAUCAAGUCCCUCAGUAUUCCGAAGGUGCUGCCUAUCAGCAUGGCGUUCUGUGGUUACGUGGUGUUCAACAACAUGUCUCUGCUCACCAACUCGGUAAGCGUGUACCAAACCUCAAAGAUUAUCUGCACACCUCUCAUUGUGUGGAUCGAACAUGUUUAUUACCACAAGCGCGAGGAUGUCUGGACGCUGAUCUCUCUGGCACCAAUAUGUUUUGGCGUUGCUUUCACGGUAUAUUCAGAUACGAACUUGAAUCCUAUGGGGACUCUCUGGGCAUUUUUGGCAAUUAUUUCGAACUCGCUCUAUACAAUCUGGGGAAAAACAAAACAGACAGAACUGGGGGUGUCGCCAAUGCAGCUUUUGACUUAUCAGGCCCCGCUUAGCGCCCUUAUACUAUUGUUUGCGCUUCCUAUUGAUGGAAUUGGGAACCUCAUGGCGUACAAGGUGACCUUUACGACAGUCUGGACAAUUGCACUUUCUUGUAUCUUUGCGUUUGGUGUCAACUUCUCAUUCUUUCUCUUUGUUGGUCAAACUUCACCACUUUCAAUGAACGUUGUGGGCUACUUGAAGACUGCACUGGUCUUCGUUGGUGGUUUCGUGUUUCUUUCAUCGGAGGCGACCGCUAAGACAGUUGCUGGGGUGCUUCUGACCCUACUUGGUCUGGCGUUUUACACUCAAUCGAAGAUGCGGGUCGCAUCGAUCGAGGCAUCUUUGAAGGAGUCCGUCUGA